GGAUCAUUGGAGAAAGCGAGCGGCCCCUUCAUCUGUAAAAGGGUGUUGAGCGGCCAGAGUGUCGCGGCUGGCUCUGUGCCACUCGACGCCCUGUGGUUCUCCCGAUCCCUAAAUAGGCCCAAGUCGUCACUCUGUAUUUCCUGUCUGGGCCUCCCCCCCUGGCUUGGUUUCGGUUCCACGAUGCGGUGGAUGCACCACGCGAGCUACUAGCACGUUGCGCCUUGCCUUAUGUCGGACUCUCCUCAACAUCGAGCGAUGCACCAUGCUGGGUCAUACACGGCGGCCAUCCACAGCGGUCACAACCAUGGCUCGCAUGCCGUCCAGGCACAACCCGCCUUGACAGGGCAAUAUGUCCCAUGUCCAUACGAAAACAAGGUCAUUCGGGACGGUACCAGGGCGCGCAUGGUCCUCUUGUUCAUCCGCCAACUGCUCGAGGAGCUCCCCGUUGGUGAACAAGUCCAGCAGAGCUAUGCUUGCCCUAUGACGAAAUGCCGUAACACCUUCACGGCGCCGGUGCACGUCAUCCAGCAUCUCUUGUCUUGUCCUGAGCUUGCUAGCGGCGAGUUCGAUUGCGACAAGUGCAACACAUGGCAUAGCUUCCCGACGAACGAGAAAGACUGGACGCAGUGGAUGGGUUGGAGGUCUCCGCAGUCUCUGAAUGGAGGUCCUAUCCAGCGGAAACAGAGCUUCGGUUCGAAGAUGAAGGAGACGUUUGCUCUGAGGAAGAAAGACCCAGCUCGCAAACAGAACCCUGUAGCUGACCCGCACUUCAAAGGCACAUACGCGACCGACGCGAGGCCUGGCACUGCUGCUUCUGGGACACCUAGCACCACUUUCACAAGCAGGGGCUUCGAACAUCAUGGCAUCUUCCCCGGACCACCUGAGCAGGGGGGCGGUUUCAUGGAUCUUGGGAAGACCGCAUUGCCGCACGGCCUCCCAGAGGUUAAUAGCGGAAUGUUUUGGCCCGGGUUCGAUGCGAGUGACUUGCCCUCCACGGUCUCAUCAGUGGCCAUCUCGUCGACGGCGGACGAGAGCCCAUCCGAGCAGCUUUCGCAGAAUACUUCGCAGACAACCCUGUUCACCACGGGUUUAGCUUCGUACCAGCCUUCGGCGGCUUCAGUCCAAGCCACCAGGAAGACCCCGGAGACGGGGCAAUUCCUAUUUUCCACACAGGCGCCCUUCGGUCCAGGACUGACUUCUCUCCCCGGCCACGCGCCGUCAAUCUCGGCCAUGUCUCUAGACGAGCCGCUCCCCAUGACUCAGACGCCCAUAUCAUCGACGGAGCUAAGUCCCACGGCUGCAGACGGUAGUCAAGGGUGGUGGGGUCCGAAGGUAGAGGUUGGAACGCUUCAGGAUGCUCCGCCAUCAUCUGGAUCAGGUCCCUGCUUCCCUAUCCAAACACCCAUCGCGGAUAUCAUGGGCGGGGGCAUCGGCAGUGGAGUGUCUAGUCCGACAUCUCCCUGCGGGGAUGCAUCCCCGUACUUCCAGACGCAAGCAUCAGCAGCUCAUUCCAUGUCUCGAGCUCUAAGCCAGGAAUCCAUGCAGACCGGCGCCACAACGGUGUUCGGAACACCAACCCCAGAAAGAGGUGGAAUUGCGACCUUAUCUGCGCAUGGGGGCCAUGGCCAGCACUCGGUCCCAGUCCCAGGAACUGCCCCUCCCGAACCGUCGUUCGAUGAAGAGCUUGUCUGCGACGAAUGUCAGUGGAAGCCACGAGGCGUCCGGGAGAACCUAAAAGGCUACCUCCGCAAGCACAAGAACACGCACAGAGGCGUUCGGCUGGCUUGCGAUGUGCCGGGAUGUGUCAAAACCUUCAGCCGACUGGACAACCUGAAGAAACACAAGAAGGACAAGCACGGCAUUGACGACACAAAUAGCUCGGUGCCUGCAAAGCGGACGGCGUGCGACGCUGUUGCUACCCAGCACGCCGAGGAGGAGAUGGAACCGAGACGCCCGAGUACGGUCGAAUCCGAACUCAGGGGUCCAAUGGAGGAUUACUCGAUGCUCUGGCCGGCGCUACACUUUUAGGCGCCUACGUACCGGUGGUUUAUUGUGUUCGUCAUCGUCAUCAUUGUGGUGUAUGAUGAAGACAUCACGCGCUUCCCAGCGCUGCUUUCCUAUCUCGAGUUGAGCAUGUUCAUUGAUAUAGUUACACAGCGUUCGGACUGACACAUCGCAUUGUCUUCUAUCUAUCGAUAUCCAGGAUUCAAAUCUCACAUAAACCAUCACAGGAUAGCGUUGUGACCCUCU